GUGCCGGAGAAUCACCCGCGAUCUCUCCACUCCACUCCGCUCCCUUCCGCGGCCGUCCUUUUCGCUUUAAUAAACGGGCCAAAAGACGGAUCCAGCAGAGAGGAUUGUUCAGUUCAAGGGAAUGAAGAAUUCAGAAUAAUCUUGAUAAGUGGAUUUUAAUAUAGAGAAUAAAAAUAAGUUGAGUCUUUGACCUGCUUUGAAGAAACAUACUGUCCAUUUGUCUAAAGUCAUCUGUAACAGCCAAACCAGUCAAAAUGAAUUCAACAUCAUUUUCUCAGGUGGAAAAUCAUUCAAUCUAUUAUAACUUUUCAGAGAAGAAUUCCCCGUUUUUGGCUUUUGAAAAUGAUGAUUGUCAUCUGCCCUUGGCCAUGAUAUUCACGUUAGCACUUGCUUAUGGAGCUGUGAUCAUUCUUGGGGUCUCUGGAAACCUGGCUUUGAUCAUCAUCAUCUUGAAACAAAAAGAGAUGAGAAAUGUCACCAACAUCCUGAUUGUGAACCUUUCCUUCUCAGACUUGCUUGUGGCCAUCAUGUGUCUUCCCUUCACGUUUGUCUACACGCUGAUGGACCACUGGGUUUUUGGUGAGGCAAUGUGCAAGUUGAACCCCUUUGUGCAGUGUGUUUCCAUCACCGUGUCCAUCUUCUCUCUGGUCCUUAUUGCCGUGGAACGGCAUCAGCUGAUUAUCAAUCCUCGGGGUUGGAGACCAAGUAAUAGACAUGCAUACGUAGGUAUUGCUGUCAUCUGGGUCCUUGCUGUGGCUUCUUCUCUGCCCUUCCUGAUCUAUCAAGUAUUGACAGAUGAGCCAUUCCAAAAUGUGACCCUUGAUGCAUUCAAGGACAAAUACGUCUGCUUUGAUAAAUUUCCAUCAGACUCUCACCGGCUGUCUUACACCACUCUCCUCUUGGUGCUGCAGUACUUUGGCCCGCUCUGUUUUAUAUUUAUUUGCUACUUCAAGAUAUAUGUACGCUUAAAAAGAAGAAACAGCAUGAUGGAUAAGAUGAGAGACAAUAAGUACAGGUCCAGUGAAGCCAAAAGAAUCAACAUCAUGCUGUUGUCCAUCGUGGUGGCGUUUGCUGUCUGCUGGCUGCCUCUCACCAUCUUCAACACUGUGUUUGACUGGAACCAUCAGAUCAUUGCUACCUGCAACCAUAAUCUGUUGUUCCUUCUCUGCCACCUCACAGCCAUGAUCUCCACUUGUGUCAACCCCAUAUUUUAUGGCUUCCUGAACAAAAAUUUCCAGAGAGACCUGCAGUUCUUCUUUAACUUUUGUGAUUUCCGGUCUCGGGAUGACGACUAUGAGACCAUCGCCAUGUCCACCAUGCACACGGAUGUUUCUAAGACAUCUCUGAAGCAAGCAAGCCCAGUCACACUUAAAAAGAUCCACACUGAUGAUAAUGAAAAAAUCUGAACCUGCCAUAGCAUUUGGUCCCAAAUGAUUGAUAUCUGCUUAAAAACAAGCACAACCUGAAUGGACUUUGAUUACCUGUUCUCUUUCGGAAUGGGACUGAAAUCAUUUAAGAAGGCCAAGAUUUUCUUGUGUUGCUUUUUACUGCUUUUGUAGUAGCUGUCAUAAUUAUAUCUGGAACAAAAUGUGUGGGCUUUAGAAUCUUUUGGCAAUAGCUUUGACCAGACAUCUUUGAAGUGCUUUUUUGUAAACUUAUGCAUAGAGUAGAAAGGCUUUUAUAUUGUAUUUAUUAGAAAGAAAUUUCUUUAAAGAAAUUUUAAAUAUAUUUGUAUAAACUGACUUUAGAAGCACUGUACCUGAUGUUCUCUCUCCACUGAGCCACCUUGGCUCGAUGAGAUUGCUGGUAGAUCGGACAGUCCUGCUUAGAUGAGAUUGUCAAUAGAUUGGGCAGUCCUGUGCCGGGUACACAUCCCUUCAGCCUGUUACAGGUGACAGCUUGCAAAAGCAGCAUUCAGGAUGUGAAUGCCUAGUCUGAGGUCAUUCAGAAGUGACUUGCAUUUUUUUUGAAAUUUUAAGACAGGAUUUAGUUUGCUCCUAAUUGAUUAUCACUUCAGAUGAAAAAAUGCAUUUAAAAAUAUUCAGUGGUGAGUAUCAUGGGGAGUUGGGUCAGCCACAAGAAUUAAGUGGGAAACCAGUUUCCUAACCUCAAAACUAUUUUGGUUCCUGACAACCAAAGGAUUUUAGAGCUUAACAAGUAAAUUAGUAUUGCUGCAUAGAGUUGAAAUAUAUUUAUUUGAAUAAAUAGUCAAGAGGCUUCCGUUCUUCAUGGACUGUUCAGUGUUUGUCAAACUUUCUGGCAUAGGUAAAUAUAUAUGUAACUUAAAAGCAUUUAUUUCCAGUUUAUAAUAUAAAUGACCAUAAAGUGUAUUUUCUAUACAUCAGUGCCUACGUAGUUACUCAUUUUUAAUGUUCAAUGGCCAUAUUUCAAAGGGCACCAUGGUGUACAGUGUUGAAAGAUUGUCCACCCUGCCUAGAAGGGGUAAAUACCAGAAAACUGAGGCCACUUCCUGUAGCUUAUGUUAACUUCUGUGAACUGUGUGCCUUGUGGAGUCUUACCAAUCAGGCAAUGUGUACCAAGGCAUUUUGUCACAUUAAUAUAUUGAUACUUCAUUUCAUGUACCCUGUAAGCAUGAUUGAGCCUCAGAAUCAUUGGGAGGAGAGGUGUUUAAAAAACUAAGCGUAUCUUUGAUGUAUUAUACAAAAUAUUAAAUGUCUCUGAUUUUAGAAGGGCAGACGUUUUCUUUACUAAAAUUGUUUCUGCGUUUUCUGAACAGCUUCUUUUGUGUCUUCCUUUAGCUUCAUUUUUUUUUUCUUUUCUGGUCCCUUGUCUUCCCUCCUGUGAAGCAUCCUCUAUCUGCUUGCCAAUAAAGCAUCUUCUACCUUGUGGUAUAACCCUUGGUGGUCCAGCCUUUCUUCCUGGCUUCCUGAAGCUUACUGAAGACAGCGACCAUUUUUAUAUGACUCUGAGUCCCACUGUAUUUAGCAAAGUGCAAGGAAGUACACAGAAGGUUUUCAAAAUUUUUUCUGAGAAAUGAAUAAAUA